UGAUAUAAGAAUUCUUGCUUAUACCCGAAUUGGAGAUGGCAAGAUGAGUGACAGGCUUAAACCUUAUCCUAUGACGUUGGAAAGCAAACCUGGACCUCCCAGCCAGUUGCGCUUCCCGACCAUAACUCCCUCUGUUGUUGUUGUGAAUUGGGGACCACCGGAAAUGACAGGAGGCAAUAUAACAAAGUAUCGAGUCUCAUAUCGAUUGUGUGACGAUGCAUCCCCACCUAUCGUUAGGCCUUCGCUCGUUGGAACAAAAUACACUGACACGGUGAUUGAUCUCUCCCGUGAAAGAUACUAUAUCUUCGAAGUUGCUGCAUUCACUGUCGGUGGAGGUUGGGGAGAAAAAGCUGUGGGACAAAUAUUCACAACUCAAGGUGGAAACAUUGACGAAAAGCCGUCUAGACCCCUCAUUUUACCAAUCAAAGAUUCCCAUAUCACAUGGCGCUCGAUUCUGGUUAGAUGGGCUGUUGGUAAACGUCGCGACCAGCCAAUAAGAUAUUUCACCCUGCAAUACCGCAAAGGAGAAGGAGCAUGGGAAAGAUAUCCGAAACCCCUCUCUGGUGACUCAAAGCAAACGGUUGUCUGGGGACUAGAAUCUAGUCAACUUUUCAGCUUUGAAAUCACGGCGACCAACGAUGCUGGGGACAGUCUCCCUAGUCUUCCAUCGCCUUUUGUGAGGACAUUGAGUAAAUCUCUUCCCGGAAGUCCUCGUGACGUUCGCAUUACGUCGCCAACGCCGAACUCGUUUUUGGUUUCCUGGAAGCCUCCAUUGUCAGUUGACGUUGAAGCGACUGUGGUAAAGUACGUCCUGGGCUAUCGUUUACACCAGGAAGAUAUCUUGAGUAACGUAAACUAUAUUAACUUCAACAUCCCAUUGGCAUCCAGAGAGUAUCGGCUUGCGUCACUUAGAGUGUACACGUUGUACGAUCUACAGUUACAUGCCGUCGACUCAAAUAAUAAUCCUCUACCAAGUUAUAUCGAAACAAGAAGAACUUCUGCUCGGUUACCUCUACGACCUGUCCUUCAUAGCAGUCCUAAUGCUGGUCCAACAUUCAUUACUAUAUCCUGGGAUCCUCCUCCAUCAACCAGUACUCCCUUACUCGGAUACAAGGCGGACUUCAACCUUCCCUCUCGACGUCGCAGGGCCGUGAGCGUGCAAUGCGAAAGUCCACAACCUGGUGUCGCAUAUUUUAGUAAUACGUCGACUAACGGCAGGAUCGGCGGUCUGCGCAUGUACACGUCUUACGUCGUUGUGCUGAAAUCUUUAACAGCGCUGGGGAUAGUGAACGUAGCAAUAGUAUACGUGUCACAACUGCUGAAGGAUUGCCAGGUGCGCCUGCAACUUUGUUUUGAUGGUGUAUACGUCACUCAAGUUCAUCUUUACUGGGAAGCUCCGUGUGAGCCAAAUGGGAUAAUUACAGAUUACAUUCUCACUGUUUUACUGGAUCGAUUCGGAGACAGACGAUAACAAAGAAAAGUAACGAACAUACUCAUCAAGUCAUGGCAUUGACGCCAAACACGAAUUAUAGAUUUAGGCUUGUCGCAAGGACAUCGCGUGGCGAAGGCAUUCCCAAAGUUCUUGAAGUUAAAACUAAAUCCGUUAAAACGAAACCAGACCCCCCUACUAUCGUCGGUGCAACAGCACGAAAUAAUGACGUAAUACUAAUUUGGCGCGAUCAGUUUGAUGGAAACACACCUAUCACUCAAUAUAUUGUGGAGUAUCGAAUUUCGUCUGAGAAAAAUCCUUGGACAAACGGCUGGAAUCUCAAGCCUUCUCAAACCGUACGUAACAGAACCGACGGUACACGGUCAGCGGUAUUGGAAAAUUUACAAGCUUUAACCGUUUACUGGUUUCGAAUGAUCACACGCAACGAAGCUGGUUUGUCUAUUCCUGGGAAUAGUUCUUCGUCUGUCUCGACAGGAAUAGCGAAGAGCGCAAGGCAGUCGGCUCCAACUUCACUUCUCAAGAAAAACGUGUACACUUUCCCUUCUUUUCGUGCGAAACCAGACCCC